AUGGAAGGAUGUCGCUGGUGUUCAGUUGUAGAAAUGGCAGCGCUGAGACAGGAGCGUCGCUACGGGCUGUCCUGCGGCAAAAUCAACAAAAACAGCCCCAAUCGAACUCUUUACCACGUCAAACUCACUGACACCGCCAUCCGGACCCUCGAAACCUACCAGAACUUGAAGGCCUCGCUACCCAAUCAGACAUCCAUUUGCUUCAAGGGAAGCCAGGGGUAUAUUAAGAUCCCGACUUCGGACUCUCCAGAUGGAUUCAGAGUCUUCUCAUUCUACCUGUCCAGCGACAGCAAAGACAAACCUCAGUCCAGCUUCGACUGCAUUCAUCAGUUUGUUUCAGGAGAGGGCAAGGAUCAGCUGGAGGGCCAGGGCAGUAUCCAGGACAAGAUCACGGUUUGUGCAACGGAUGACUCCUACCAGGCCACACGGGAGCGCAUGUCCCAGGUGGAGAAGGACAUCUGGAGCCGCUCAGCUAUCGAGAUAAAACCAGGGCCAAGUAAGUGCAUUAAGGUCCAGAGGAAACAGGGUCUGGUUUCUGGCUCAGAUAGCAGCAACAAGCACUCCCCCAGCAAUAAGAGGAGCCUAGUUCCCAGCCCUGUGGCACACCGGCCCUUGAGGGACCGCAUCAUCCAUCUCUUGGCCUUAAAACCCUACAAGAAACCUGAGCUACUGCUGUGGUUGGAGAGAGAACGGGCCAGUCCAAAGGACAAGACUGACCUGACCUUAGUACUGGAUGAGGUUGGCAAGCUGAACCUUAAAGACAACAGCUAUUCUCUGAAGGAUGAGCUCUAUAGACAUGUCCAGAGAGAUUGGCCUGGUUAUCUGGAGGAGGAGAAGCAACUCAUUCACAGGCUUCUAAUCAGGAAGCUUCAGCCACUCCACAGCAGUAGCCAGUUGAAAAGUCCCCAAGCCCACCAGUCAUCCCACAAAACACCCGGGGAUUCUCCUUCCCAACUCAGUCCUGCAAAGACGCUUUCUGUGAAACGCCCUCUGCCUUUGGAUCCAUCCAACUGUCAAACCCCCAAAAAACAAAGACUAACAGACCACUGCUUGCCACGGCAGUCUCCCUCCCACGGCACCAAUGGGGCCCAAAGUGCCUCCGGCGGCCCACACGACAAAACCAACAAUCAUCUCCCGGCGUGUCUGAACGGUCUGCACUCGCCCCACAAAAUGAGCAGUUCGUCUACUACUCCCAAAGCGGAGAGGACAGAGCCGUCUUCUAAGCCGCUAACCCCCAAGUCCCCGCACAUCGACACAUUGUCGGUUUGCGCUGACCAACAACUGCCCAACGGUCAACAUAAAAAGAAAAAGUCCAAAAAGCACAAAGAGAAGGAACGGGAGCGCUUAAAACCGGAGUGGAUGGAGACCAGCCCAGAUUUGAAGAAGAACCAAGAAAAUCUCAAAGGAGAGAAAACACCUGUCAGACGAACCACAAAAGAGGACCUGCCGGACUAUUUAUUAAAAUACAGCUCAAUUACAGCAGUGGAACAACGUGAGCAAUACAAAGAUGACUUCUGUUCCGAGUACGACGAAUACAGAGCUCUUCACGACCGCAUCGGGGCCAUCACGGAGAUGUUUGUUCAGUUAGGCUCAAAGAUCAACACGCUUGCCCCGGGGACGCAAGAGUACAAGCUCAUGGAGGAGCAAAUACUACAAAAGUACCGAAAGUAUAAGAAGAAAUUUCCCGGCUACAGGGAAGAGAAGAAGCGUUGCGAGUACCUCCAUCAGAAACUGUCCCAUAUCAAAGGUCUGAUCUCAGACUACGACCGGGCGCGGUUGCUCUCCUAGUACAAAUGGCGGCUACUCUCGAAACAGACUGAAAUGAGAAGGGACCAAAAGACUCGCAGCGGGCCCAGAGACUGACCAGCUGGGUGCCACAGUCGCUGAAACAUGACUCACUUUACACCUCCGUGUGUUAAUGGAAUCAAGGAGCAAGAUGGUUUCAAAGGUGGGACCCGGACCACUGACUCGAGAUCAAAAGUUGCCCUUUAACGUGAUGCUUUUAGUGCUGUAAAGGCAGCAAAUUGUCCUGCUGUAAACUGACUGGGCAGAUGUGCAAGUGAAAGCCAAAUCUUAUUGUUGUUGUUUUCCUGAAUUCUAUAAUUGAUCGUUCCUGCCGAAAUGUUUUAUUCUAUUCUUUCCCAUGCCAGAGAGCAAUUUAUGAAACGUAUUAUAUUGAUGGUACAAUCAGUCUUAGGGGAAAACAAAUGCUACUAGUAUGUACGUGUCAAGCAGAGGAAUCUCUUUACUUGCUGUUUGCUGACAGGACACAUUCAGUCACUUUAUUAAUUAAUGACAAACUUACCAGAUUGAGUUGUUCUUAUGACUUCAAAACAAAGGCAAUGCAAAACUUGCCACCUAACACUAAUAUUUCCGCAGCAGUGAGACCCUACAAAGUUGUAUCGAGAUAAAUCAAUGCCUUGAGAUACGAGUGGCCCCACUGUAGACAUUCAAUAUAACAGUACUCACAAUCAUAUACUGUAUUCUUUAUCCUCUGCGAGGAGCUGAGAUGUCUAUACUGUACAGACAUCCAUGUACACUAUUAUCAGUCUAGCUGUCUUAUACCGCCCCCAGGUGGCCAAGAGGGGCAGCAGCACAAUGGCCAUUCAAUUAAUGCAAAAUGUGUGUGGGGGGGGGGGGGGGGGGGGGGGGGAACUUUGAUUCUAUUAAAUUAUGUAUGUCAUUAACUUGUGUCUUUUUAUAAAGUGCAAAAUUAUAGAGCGCUAUUUUUAUCUUUAAAAAAAAAAACAUUACCCACUUUUAUUUUAUUUUUUUUUUUCCCCAGAGAGGAUGUAAUGGAUUGAUGGCAUUUCCGUUGAUUUCAAUAGGGAAAGACGAUUUGCAUUACGAGGGUGGCCACAGAAUAAAUUAAACUCGUAUCUCAAGGCACCACUGUAUUUGCUAGUUUGUGACAGGGAAUAUCAUCAUGUUGAUUUGUACUUGAAAUUAACAAAAUCUGUCCUAAGUUUACUCUCAAGCUUAGUGUCAGCCACAUCCACAUCAUGUGGCCACCAUGAAUUGCCUUUUUUUUUUUCCCCUUGUAUAUCACAAACACAUCAGCUCUCGCUUAUCCCUCGUCUCCUGCUAUCAACAAGUUUGUUUACUGGCACACAGUUACGCUAUGAUACAAGUCAAGCCGUGUUUAUCAGUGUACAGAUUGUUUGCCAUUUCUCAACUCAUGGGAAGUUUUGUCCGGAAUUUAGCUGAAUGGCGGACAUUAGCUGAAUGUGACGCCUUAUUACGCAAAAUUUGGGACUGUAGACAGGACGGCACUCAGUUCAAAGCGCAAUAGGUUUAAUUGGGUGUAAGGAGCAGGCUGACCUCUAAGAGGUGCGAUCAGGCUCCGGUGUUUUUGAUGCUCAGCAGGACAUUUUAAAUGCUCAUUAUUGUAUUUAACCUUGACAUGAGGCAGCCUGAAAUGUUGGCAUCAGAUCGGGAGUGCUUUCCAAACCUGUUUCAAUAUUGCAUUUGUCUUAAUGAUAGCUUAGGAUGGGGAAAGACAAGCUAGCCUUAACAUGCACGUCAGAUUUCCAAAAUUCUGGCAUCUCUGUCCUGAAACAACCCAGUUUCAAGUCUUCUCCUAUUACUGGUUUGGAUAAAAAGUUUGAAAGGUUCAUUUACAAACUGCAUAGUUAGAUGGAAGUUUUCAUUUCUCUGUACGUUUUCUCUCUCUGGUUGUUGUGACUCAUCUGACGCAAUAUUCUCAACGUAAAGAGCUUUUUGCUUUCCGUCCAAUCCUGUCAAGACACAUCAUUUUUGCAGAAACGUACAUAACGUACUUUUUUUUUUUUUUUUUUACACUAACAUUCUCAUUCAAGUAAUCAGACCCACAGUUUACAGGAGCUAUAAAGUCUACACACCUUUGUUCAAAUGCUAUUGUGAUAUAUAUAUAUAUAUAUAUAUAUUUAAAAUUCUAUUUAUUUUUAAAUCACUCUGUCAUCAAUCAGGAGAAGGGUACAAAAUAAUUUCCAAGGCAUUAAAUAUGGUCAGGGAUGCUGCCAAGAGGCCGACCAAAACAUUUGAAAGAGGUGCAGGAAUUUCCGGCGAGUGCGGGCUGUUUAGUACAUGUGAUAACAAUCACCUGUCUUAUAUAUGUCUGGUCUGUGGGGGUACGGUUGCAAGACGGAAGCCUUAUCUUACAAAGUCAUGAGAAGAUAAGGCUGCAUUCUGCAAAAACAAACUUGAAAUCUCCCAAGCAUUUGUGGGAAAUGUAUGCUAUAGUCUGAUAAAACAUUCCAAACAGAACACUUUUAAUCUCCAAAAGAUCACCCUUCCUACAGUGAAGCAUGGUGGUGGACGAAUUUUUCUUCACUUGGCACUUGGGCCUUAAUCAACAUGGAGGCAAAUAUGAACAGUUCCAAAUACUAGUCAAUCUUCAGGCUUGUGCUCGAAAGCCUACUAGAACAUCAGAACUUCAUUUGGGGUUAAUCAGAGGCACUUUCAACGGUAGUAUGUUUUUACUUUGAAUGCCAUUGAUGAAUUCUGAACUCAACCACAUCCCCAGUUAUGAGGGUGCACACUUGUGCAUUCACAUUACCUUAAGCUAAUUUACCUUCCCUUCUUGAAACAGUUUCUUUUUUAUCAAUUGAGCUGGACAGGUUAUAGGUCAUAAUGCUGGAUGAUUUAUCUUGGUUUUAAUUUUUUUUUAUAGCACAAAAACCUUCCAUUUUACAGAGCUGUGUAGACUUUUUAUAUUCACUGUAUAUACUGGAGGGUUCUUUUCCAUGUUGGUUUUAAGUUUUGAGAUAUUUGAAGAAUGUGGGACUUGUGUCUCGGCACAUAUGAAAAUGAAAGAAUAUUUAUUAGCGCUGAUAAUUAAUCCUGAUUAUAGCAUAUUAUUUGGAAUGAGAUUGGAUCCAUGUAGCAUAUUUCCUAUCAACAUUGACUCUGCUGUGCUGGCACUCAAAAUUAUUGUGGUUCAUUUCUUAAUAAAGAACAGUGUACAGUCAGCUCAGAAGACAAUUUAUUAAUAUUCCACAAAAUAUUUUUCAUUCAAAACAGAAUGGUACACAUUUCUUGACGCAAAGCUAAGAGUAACUCAUCAUUUCCAUCAACCACUCAAGGAAAUUUAGUUCAAUACAUGUGUAAUUAAAGUGCAAGAUUACUCAGUAAUUAUAAGAAAAUCCAAGAUUGUACCAUGUUGGUUUUGAGAGAAGUGAUGAAGGAAUGUUUUUUUUUUUUUUUUUUUUUUUUUAAUUACUACUCCUCAGCAGCACAAUACAAAAGGUGCCUUUUCAUUGACAAGGAAAUUCAAGAACUUGGGUCUGUAGUUUCACACUGUUGCCACUAUAAAAGUGCUAUGUUGUUGAGUACUGAAGUUAAUAUCAGAUGCCUUGUCAAAUGCAAUAAGAGCACCAGGUUUAGAGAGAAGCCUUCCAGCAUUUAAAACAAAUGUUAUACAGUGACUAAUGUAAGGAACUAGCAUACAUACAUUUUCAAAACAAUAGAAUGAGUCCUGAGUUUUGUUAUUUCUGCCUAGGAAACGCUUUAGUUUUCUCCACAUUGGUUACAGGUGUGCUUUUUUGGUACUGGAAUGACAUUGACACAAUGAAAUGUGAAGUUAAAUAUUUUGUCUAUCGUAAAUCCCUGCAAAUGAUCUACCGAGGAGAACAAAUGUCUUAUUUAUUUCUGUAUGUUAUUUUGUUGUUCCUUCACGGGAUUUCUCUUUGCAUAGUCAUUUGUUUUCUUUCUACAGUAAAACCUGCAAGUAUGGUGAAAGGGAAAUGGAAUAUAUUUUUGCAAUUUUUGAUGGAGAGUGUGUUAUGCAAAUGUCAUCUUCAUGAGAAAAGAAAAAGCUUUCAGGAAAACAAAUGUAUUGUUGUCUCAUGAAAAAUUGCAAAUAAAGCUAUUUUCAAUGGA